GGAGGAUGCGGGGAAGGCGGGCGGGCGGGCGGGAGGACGGAGAAUCCCUCGCCCGCUCCCCGUCCCGCCCUUCGAGGUUGCGGCUCCCCUUCUCCUUUCCCUCCUUCGGCCUUUGGGGAGCCCACCGGGGAGAGUCGGGUAUCCUUCCUGGCGUAUUUGUCUUGCUGGGAAGGGUCCAGGUGAGGCGUGGCCGGAGAGCGGACCCCCCCCCCCCCGCCACUCCGCAUCUCCUCGGGUUUCCCCGCCACUUGUUGCCCUAAAGGCCGGGCGAUGGGAUCCGAGGCCGGCUCGGGCCGCCUGGCUCUGGUGGCGGCGGCGGCGGCCUUGGUGGUGCUGUGGCUGAGCGGGCGGGCGGGGGCGGGUUGCGCCGAGGAAGGGCUCUGCUGCCCCGGCCGGGAGCUCGGCUGCACCAGCACCGGGUGGCGCCUCGACCGCGCCUAUGGCACCUGCUACUGCGACCAGGAGUGCCGCCGCACCGGGGACUGCUGCUACGACUACGAGCGGGACUGCCCAGCUGUUCCAUGCGUUGUUGGGGAAUGGAGCCAUUGGAGUGGAUGUGCAGAGCAGUGCCAACCAAAUUUCCGUAUGCGCACACGCAGUGUACAACAAGAACCCCAAAAUGGUGGGGAGCCUUGUCCUCCACUAGAAGAGAAAGCUGGCUGCCUGUCAUAUACUACCUAUGAGGGGCAAGAGUGUGCAAAUGAACAUGUUCCUGCUUUCAUAACUAGUUUUGAAUAUAACAAAGAAAGAAAAAAGAGAGCUGUGAACCCAAGAUGGUCUUCUGAAACAGAAGAGUUUAGGAGCUACUGUGUGGAAUUUAAAACUGAAUCGUUGACACCUUAUUGCUCUUUGGAGACUCGUCCAUAUGCUCGAUGGAUGCAGUAUCUACGAGAAGGAUAUACUGUGUGUGUAACUUGCCAGCCACCAGCAAUGCGUAUGGGUAGCCAUCGUUGUUAUGGAGAUGGAGCUGAUACUGAUGGGAAUAAAGUUCUUCAUUGGCAAGCAGUCGGCAAUCCAGCCUGCCAUGGCACAUGGAAGAAAGUUCAGCAAGUGGAAGAAUGCUCCUGCCCUCUAGUACAUAGCUUUAUUUUUACGUAGCAGCUUGAACACAUACUGUCAAUGAAAUCAAGGAAACUACUCAUGUAAUUGGACUUGUGUGGAAGACAUUACUUUAAAUAAGUGAAAAGCCAAACUUCUGAAAUCACACUUAGCCUUUCCUGCAGUGAGGAACAGUGAGAUAACAAUAUCAAGGUAUAUUAUGGUGCUAUGAAGACAGAACUCGAUCUUAUAGUGUGAAUUCGACUUUCAUGAUUCCCCUGUUUACAUGACCUGAGGUGGAUGAUGGCUGGUUCAGAGUCACCUGCUUCAGUGUAUCUUAGCAGGGCGGUGAUUCCACAAGUGUAAUGUUUGCUUGGUCUACGUGAAAGAAACUGCUUGAAAAAAGCUCCUCUAAUUUAGGAAUUCCAGCUAUAUUGUCUGCAACCUGAUCACACCCUUAGAAAUCAAAUAAGUUGUUAGGGGCCUUUUGGAGAAAUGGUAGGAGGGUGGCGGAACAAAGGUUAGGAAGGCUAUUUUACAGUAAAGCAGUAUUUGUUGUUAGUUGCAUUCAAGUGGACUGAAUUUUGAGGAAUCUAUGAAUCCGAAAGGUCAGCCUCUCCUCAGUAGCCCUGCUCUGAACUUGCCGACUCAUAGCCAUGAGCAAAUCAGAGGUUAAACCCUUUAAAACAAAUAUGGACAAUAUGUAAAUUGAAGUAAUGAAAUGUAUGGGGACAGAACACAUCUCAUGGAACCCUUUCAUUGAUAUUUUUUAAAUAUAGGAUUUAUUGCUUCUUUCACAUAGGACCUCUUCACAUGGACCUAUUGGGCCACGCUAUUGCGCUGCAAAAGGGACGGCAUGCAGGGCUGCUUGUGGCACCCCACAUACCCUCCUUUUCCUCCAUCAAACGGUGGGAACGGGAUAGGAUGCAUUGGCACCCUGUCCAUCCCCAUCAGAUGGCAGAAAGGGUCGCAACACACCUCUUCUGCCACCAUAUGGCAAAAGAGGAGGAAAAUGCAGGUAGCUGUCGGCGCUACCCAAAUUACACUUUCUUCCCCAUAGUGGUGGAGAAAGCACAUUUGGCACUUCCCCUUCACCUUGGGAGGAAUGUGGGUGCGGCCUGCUGUGCGUUGUGAUGGCACAUGGCAGGCCCUGCCCUUGCAGCGAAUAAAAGUGGCAAAAUGGUUACUCAUUACAUUUGCAUGACAAAUUGCAGUUGACACACAAAUGUGUCACGAUACACAGUUUGGAAAGCUCUGCUCUAAGCCUUCUCCUAGAAAAGGGACUAGAUUUGGGAGACCUUGCAGGACUGGGGUUGUUAGCAGGAAAAGAGAUGAAGAGGUGGAGGAGCAGAUGAAAAACUGCUAGGAUGGACCUCUGUGGCUGCUGUAAAAAUCUAUGUGUUGUCAUUCUGUUCUUCCUGAAAAGAAUAAUGAUGCUGAACAAGAUUUCUGCAGCAGUCUGCAGCAUGCAUAUUUCUUCUCUUCACAAUUCUAUUAGAAAUGAAGUCCUUGAAACAGGGUAGCUCUUUCUGAGGAAAUGAAUUAACUUUAUUUAUGAAGAUGGGAGAAUACCGCUGAACACCAGGUGCUACACGCUACAUUUUAAGGGACAGAACUGGCAAAGCCACCUCUGAAUAGUCCUUGCCCAAGAAAAAACCCUAUAAAAUUCAUAAGGUCAUCGUAAGUUGCGAUGACUUGAAGACACACAACACAUGGCCUUAUUAAAUGCCAUGAUGUUCUGUGCUAUUAAUGAUGAAUAAAGUUAAGUGGAAAAGCUCUAAAUAAAUAAAAAACAAACUACUUUGCAAAUGCAAUAUAUGAAAGUUGUAGAGAUGAAGACUCACAGAUUUAUGACAAAAUAGUAUUUAUUUGCUGGCAUAUUACUACCAUAUUUUCAAAUCCAGAUUAAAGGAAGACAAAGUAUAAAAUGUAUCUAGUUAAAACUAGUCCAGACGCAAGUAAUUGCAUUGGUUAGAUCCCAAACUCUGGGAUAAGGGCUACAUACAACAAUCUAUAGACAGCCACCCUUCCCUACUUCAAUACAACUCUCUUCCAAAUAUUGUACAGAUGAGUGGCUAAUUUUGGAUAUGCUAUUAAGUGAAAGAAAAUUAAUUCACUCAAGUUAUAAACAGAGUAUGAGGCAAUGCUGUUAUAACUAGUUAUCAGAAUAACCAAUCCCUGUGCUUUAUUUUCAUACAGCCCAGUAAACACACAUGAAAAGUAAACACACAUUGAGAGCUUAAAAAACAAGAAAGUAUAAUAAAAAGGACAGGCAUGAUAGUCAUACUGGCAGUACAGAAUAUGUGAGUUGUUUGGGACACAGAAGAUCACUUUCCAAAGAGGAGUUAGCACCUUUCCUGUUCCCAGAAAAACAACUGUUAUGAUAUUUGGCACCAAUAAUCAACUACCCAUAUUCUUCUUGUCGAGAACUCUGUGAAAGGCAAUUUGUAAAGUAGAUAAUAGCACAGUUCUUAAACAUGGAAGUUCAAAUCUUCAGUUAGGUUCUACCUAUCCUUUGAUAUUUUUUUUAGUUUUAGUUUUUAGUUUUGAUGUGGUAUUUUAUGUAGUGACACAGGAGAUAGGAAUGAAACAUUCAGAUGACUACAUGACUUCACCAGUUCUGUUCAGUAACGAGAUAGAAACCUUCUUAUUAAACCUUCGCCAGUUUUGAAGAAAUACACUGAGAGGCAUAAAAGGUCAUUAAGAUGUUAUAGAACUAUAUUAGCAAUUUAGAACACAUCUAAUAAAUUAUUGUAUUGUAAUUUACAUAAAAAGAUAGCAACAAUGUUUAAAUCAUGAUACUACCAUAAGGUAAGAAUGGGGAAACAGAUGACGUAUUUGGGAAAGGCAGUUUAAACCAUGCCUGAUCGGACCAUAGUUCUCCAUCUGUCUUUCAGCAUUACAUUAGUUCGCUCUUUGAAGUCAUAAUGUUGAAGAAUUUUAUUCCAGUUUCCUACUCCAAACUUCUGCACACCAUCUUUAAGUUUCUCAUCUUCUUUGGAACUCCAUCGCUUUUAGGGAAAGGGAAAAGAUAGAGUUCAAAUACAAACCCUUUAAAAUGUUUAAAUAUUUCAGUAAUAAGCUGGAAAAAACUUUAGUUCCUGGCAGCUUGAAUUUUUAGAGUGAAAAGAUACAAUAGUAAGUCUUUUGCAAGUUUGCAGCCUGCAGGUGUGUAGUAUUUUAAGGGUUUGCUAUCCAGGCCAUGCUAAAGUAAUACAUUUUUGUAGAACAUAGAUUUGCUGUCUUCACUGUUUUGGUGAAAGGUUCUACAAAUUUUAUGCUUUACAGAAAGUCUCAAACCUGAUACAUAAAUGUAUAAGGGUCAUCACAUGCACCAGGGGUGUCAAGAGCCAAUUAUAAUUUGUUUAUAUAGUGGCUGGGGCUCUUAUUUUACCCAAUGUGGGUUCACAGAGGUUAUUAAGUGACAACUCCCUUAACGUUUGAUUAUUUGUCAUGUGAACUGGAAAUAAUGGAAAUUGUAACCCAGCAGUCCUUGUGGCUCUGAGGUUGGGAUAAAUUUUAAGGACAUCUUAAAAUCUGGCAUCACACAGUAAUGUAUACGGGCAGUCUUUGAGUUAUCAACAUCUGACUUACGACUCAUAGUAAAGAAUCGGGGUGAGACAACAGGAAGUGAGAGGAAAUCUAUCCCCAGGAAAGAAUACUCAUUCCCGAAAGUUAUUAUGGGGAAAAGGUGUUUCCUCACCAAUCCUGGUUUCCACCAUAACCCAAAAUUUUCAACAUCCAAUUGUCACAGGGACAAAAAGUGAGGGGAAAUCUUCCGAGCAGAGGCACAGACAACAGAACCAAUGUUCAAGUUGUGGUAAGCCUUCCCUAUGCUAUCCAAAAUUAAAACAAAAAUUGCUUUGGCUGGAGUUAUGCUUAAAAAAAUAUCUGUUCCGACUUACAUACGAAUUCAACUAAAUAACAGACUAUUUUGUUCAUAACCCGGAAACUGCUUGUGCUGUGUGUCCAAUGAUGUAGGACAUGAUUGUGGACUGACCUUUUGAAUUAUAUUUUGGACCCCAGAACUGUACAGUCCAGAUAUGGAUCCAUAUACUGUAUUUUAAUUAACCACAUUAGUAACUAAGUGGGAAGCAGAAAAUUGAUAUGAACCAUUGCCAUAACAUUUAACAGUAAUCACUACCAAUAUGAGCAAGUUCAAUUCACUUGGAAUAUUGGAAGAGCUGCUAUCUGGUUCAGUUUUCAAUAGUAAAGAAUAUGGAUGAAUAAAAAAGUCAGAUGCCUGUUUAUUGUAGGAGAAAAUUGGGAUUGUUGAGGAAAGAGACAGAUGUAAACCAAGGGCUGCCAGCUUCCCAAGCCCAAUGAGCCAAGAGCCUCUCCUGCCAGGCUUUGAUGUCUUUGCCAGGCCUGAGCACAGAGGAGAAUUAUGCGAGGGCAGGAGCUUUUUGCCUUCCUUUGGCUAAGCAGUUUCAGCAAAGGUGCCAAAUGGAGUGACACAGGUAACUAUGAGACAAAGGGCCUUUUCAGUGGUGGCGCCCUGAUUGUAAAAUGCCCCCUUCAGUGACAGUUUCACCUGGUGUCUAUGUUCUUUUUGGUGUCAGAUGAACACUUCAUUGUUGCAGGGCUUCUGUUUUGUGCUUUCUGGAUCUUUUGAAAUCCUGUCACUGGUUUCAAUUUGGUUUUUAUUCUGUUCCAGAGUUUGUUUUGCUUGGUAUACACUAUGAUUUUAACUUUUAAUGUAAACUGUCCAGAUUAUUAUUGUUAUUGGGCAGAAUAUAAAUAUUGUAAGUUAAUAAAUACAUCGCAAUA